AUGAACCAAAGUUUUAUUUUUGUAAUUAUUUUAUUGACUACGCUUUUUACGGUGAAUACAAGAGCUACUAUAUUUAAUCAAUGUCCGGAAACGUCAACACUACUUCCACUUAAUGUAACAAUUGCACCUGACCCUCUCGCUGCUGGAAGCUUUGGUAGCUUUAGCAUCUCCGGAACACUAAAUAAUGAUAUUACCUCAAAUACUCAACUUGUAAUUAUGUUUUCUGAUACUAACCAAGCUCCCCUAGUUCCCCUUUAUAUUCAAAAUUUUCAAGAUACGAGUGGACAACAGAUUAAUGUAAAUGUACAAGUUCCGACGCCAGUAAAUUUCCCUACAGAUUACUGUAUUGCAGUUGUUGUCGGAAAUCCGAACAAUUCACCAGAUCAAUCAUUUGAUGCCUACGGAUGUGCAUAUGCAACUUAUGGUCAAAUGACUGAAAUGAAUUCUAUUAUUAGCGCUGUAGAAGAUUCGUAUCCUGUCGCAGAUCAGAAUUUGUAUUAUUAA